AGUAACUUGAAUUUCCUCUUAGGAAAUCAAGUUGGAUUUCACCGACGGCGAAUCGACAAGGCUGCAUAUUUUGCAUUUUCGGAUUAUUUCUCCUCUCUUUUUUUAAACUCCGGCAUUCGUCGGCGAUCCGAACUUCAUAGUUCUUAUCAAUGGCAUUGCUUGACUGGAAAAUUGAAGGUUUGAACUUGGCCCAUAUAUUUGCUGAGUAUGUUUUAUGGUUGAUGGUAACAUUCUUGACACAUGUGUGGGAGCUUAAUUACAAGACCGCUGCCGCAGCUAUCAAUAUAUUUUGGGGUCUCGUAGGGAUGCUUCCUUUGCUUGUGCAAUAUAUCAUCGAUUCUUACGUGGGUAAUUAUCGGAUGGCUUUACUCUCCACGUUUAUGUAUACUACUGGAUUAGGCUUCUUAUCUAUAUCAGCAAUAGGCAUUUGUGAGAACACUAAAACAUGUCAUGUUAAAAAAAGAUACAAGUUCUCGCUUUUGCUAGCAAUACCUCAAUUACUUGUGGGCCUUUCUUAUCAACGAUCAGACUCAAUAAACCAACUUAUUGCUGCUACCAAAGAGCUGGGAGAUAAUAAUAAACUAAGACCACCAAAGUGGGAGCGCUUCUUAAGAAUAGUUGCUUUGAUUGUGGUUCAUUUGGUUGGAACAUUCAUACUACCUAACAUAAACAAAUGGGCAUUUAGAUUUGGGGUCCCAACUUUGUGUAUGCUUGCUGCCAUCUUCAUCUUCUGGACUGGCUCUAAUUCUUACCACAAACCCAAACCUUCAGGAAGCUUCCUAACUACUAUGCUAAAGGUCAUUCUAGCCGGCUUAAGACCUAUUAAGUCGAACCAACUCGAAUAUGAUAAUUCUGGAACACAUUACGGUUAUCGCCUCAGGUGCCUAGACAAAGCAAUAAUUACUGGUGAUGAAGAACAAAGAGAUAAGGUGAUCGAAGAUGUAAGAAAAACGAAACAAGCCAUAAGCAGAAUCCCUUUUUUCUUAGCCUUUUUCAUGUUAGGUAUUGUAUCUUCAAUUGGCGAUAGUUACUUUAUUCAACAAGCAGACUACAUGAAUACGAUGAUAAGAGGCUAUGAUGUCCCUAUCGUUGUGCUUCAACUAUGGUACGAACUCUCCAAAUCACUACUCAAAAAGAUUUAUUUGGAAAUAAAAGACAAACUACCCAAGAAAAGUAAUAAUGUGGUCUCAUCAAAAUGCUAUGGUUGUGUUGGAAUAACUGUAUCGAUGAUUUUCGCAAUACUAUGUUGUUUUGUUGCUGCAGCCGUGGAUAAGAUGAGAUGUAAUAAGGUUAAUAGUGCGAACAUGUUUUGGUUACUGCCACAAUUUUUUUUCCUUGGGGGCUUUGAGGGGAUUUUAGAAGAAAGCAUUGAAAUGUUCUUUACUAAUUCCCAUCCCUUAACUUCUUUUGACCAUACUAUGCGUCUCGUUCCUAAGAGUAUUUUUGGUAUAGGAUCAAUAUGCAGUGUCUUAUUGACUUUUGUGGUUCAAAAAGUUAGUGCAUGGGGAGAUAAUACUAGUUGGUUUGUGGAAGACCUCAAUGAAAGUCGUUUGGAUAAGUAUUUCUUCCUAUUGGGUGGAUUGAGUAUAGCAAAUCUUGUAUACUAUACCUUCGUGUAUUAUUUUACUAGUUUGAGAUCAGAAGUGAAAGAUUCUAGAUCAGAAGUGAAUGAGUCUAACACAUGAUGGAGCAUCUUAGUUGUUGUGUUCAAGUACUUGUUGUUGCCAUUAUCACCAAUUCACCAUCCCAUAUAUAUAAUGGGAAUUCCUUAGUUAAUUUCACUACUCUGGAUUUUAAAAGAUAAAUGUUGAUUUGGGUGUACUAAUUAAUGUAUUGUAUUAUUAUAACAAUACUAUUUAUGAUUUUGCACUGUGUUCUAUUAGACUAUAUUUUUGUGU